AUGCCUCAUUCUGUAUCACCUACCGGCGCGGCGCAAACUGAUGAUGAGAUGCCGGACGCCCCUCCAGCUGAGACUUCAACCGGGAACAGCGGUGUCAAGUUGGCUGACAUGUUCGACGACGAUGACGAUGACGAGUUUCCUGCUUCCAGUGCUCCAGACGUCAACAUGAAGGAGGAGCCGGCUCCUGCGCCCUCUGGCGUGGACCAGGAUAUCAUGCUUGCUUUCUACCAACGACUGUUCCCAUUCCGAUACCUCUUCCAGUGGCUCAACCAUGGAAUUGUACCAACGAAAGAUUUUGGAAAUCGCGAGUUUGCGCUCACCCUCCAAAAUGAUGCCUAUCUCCGAUACCAAUCAUACCCUACUGCAGACCUGUUCCGCAAGGACAUCCUGCGGAUGAACCCCUCUCGUUUCGAAAUCGGACCUGUCUACAGCACCAACCCCCGCGAUCGCAAAACGCUACGAGGCGGCCAAAUGAAGCCCGUCUCAAAGGAAUUGGUUUUCGAUAUUGAUUUGACUGAUUACGACGACAUCCGUACUUGCUGUGUGAAGGCAAAUAUUUGUGCCAAGUGCUGGUCAUUUGUAACAAUGGCAAUCAAGGUCAUUGAUACCGCUCUGCGGGAGGACUUCGGAUUUGAGCACAUUCUCUGGGUAUACUCAGGUCGCCGUGGUGCCCACGCCUGGGUUUGCGACCCGCGUGCGCGCAACUUACCAGAUGACCGACGACGGGCCAUUGCUGGUUACCUUGAAAUCCUUCGUGGUGGUUCUCAAAGCGGCAAGAAGGUGAACGUCAAGCGACCGUUACACCCCCAUAUUGUCCGCAGUCUCGAAUUGCUCAAGCAUGACUUUGCUCGAACCACACUUGGCGACCAAGACACAUUUGAGAGCGCCGAGCAGGCAGAGCGUCUUUUGGCCUUGUUGCCCGAUAAGAACUUGAACGAAUCACUGCGGAAGAAAUGGGACUCAUCACCAGGUCGUGCCAGUACCAGCAAGUGGGCUGAUAUCGAUUCACUCGCCAAAACUGGUAAGAGCAGCACGCUCAAUCCAGCUACCCUUCGAGACGCCAAGCAAGAUAUUGUCUUGGAAUAUACCUACCCACGUCUGGAUGCUGAAGUCAGUAAGAAAAUGAUACACUUGCUGAAGAGUCCAUUCGUCAUUCACCCCGGUACUGGUCGUAUUUGUGUACCCAUCGACCCUCACAAGGCCGAAGAAUUUGACCCGUUGUCCGUUCCGACAGUAAUGAACCUACUCGCGGAGAUUGAUGAAUAUGAUGCGAAGCACCCUGCUGGAACAGCGGAAGCUGAUGUUGCAGAGGUUGAAGGCAGCGCGAUGAACGGCUCUGAUACGAAAGGCAGUCGCAAGCUGCAAGACUACGAGAAGACCAGUCUCAAGCCAUAUAUCGAGUUUUUCCGUUCAUUCAUUGCAGGGCUUGUGAAGGAAGAGCGGGCAGGAAAGCGCGAGCGCGAUGAGAGUGGACCCGGUAUUAAGGCGGAUCCCAUGGAAUUCUAG